AUGGCCGACCACAAUGGCAAGAAGGAGCGAAGAAAAAGCGUAAGCGUGUUCAGCCCGUCCUCUACGAGCUCUGCCCCGCUUCCCAGACCUGUCCUGCAUGACCGCACUCCCUCAGACGAUACCCUUUCUCGAGACAAGAAAGCCCACCGCAAUUCCGGCUUCUUUGGCCGGUCGCAAAGCCCGAAACCCAGUGCCUUGCGCCGACCUGGGUCCGCAAACGCGGAGGUCGCUGCCUGGUCCGCAGCCAUGUCUGCAUCAACGCCUACCCUGGAAAUCCCUCGCCCGCGAAGGAAGUCGUUGCAGAAAAAGCGUGGCUCGGUAUUCGACUCUUUCAAAUCGCUUCAUUCCUUGGAGGAUGACGACCCCCUCAGUGCUUCCGUUGGUUCUCUCGGAGAUGAAAGUAUGGUAAGUCCCCGAAAUGGGAUCGGUUCUUCGGCCAUCCUCCAUCAUGGAGAAGUCCAGACAACGGGCGGCAUGUGGAGGAAGAAGAGCCAGUACCUUGUCCUCACCGAUACGCAUUUGGUUCGCUUUAAAAACCAGAGCAAAGCGGCCGAUGCCUUUCCUUCGAUCCCACAUUCUUAUAACAGGCCGGCCCCGCCUUCGCACCGCCAAUCUGUCGCCUCGAUCAGCUCUUUGCAGGAUAUGCAACUAAUGAUGUCGAACGAGGCGUCGUCAGGUAUUCCGCUGAACAGUAUUAUCGCGGUCUACAUGCUUGAAGACGCACGGUUAUCCCCAACAGUCGAGGUGGCCUACCUGGAUGAACGCACGCACAAAGCUGCAUUGGUCCAGAUGCAGACGCCCGAUCUUCAAGAAUUGAACCUCUGGAUGCUGGGUAUUCGCCAGGCUGCGCAGAUGACACGAUCAAACGACCCGCAACCAUUCGAUCGGGGCUCGAUCGAGUAUGUAACAAGGAUGUUGGAACACGAACGAGAUUAUGACCCGGUCACGUUCCGAAUGUUCCGUGUUAUACAGAUUGCCUCUAGCAAGUCCCCGACUCGCUCGUCUUCCGAUGAUCUCACCAAACUAUCACCCACCGGCUGCUAUCUUGCAAUCGGCUUGCACAAGGUCCAUUUAAUACCUAUGCAAAAGGUGGCCAAUCGGUCGUCCGCAGUAUCCUUGUCCGAUCUGGAGACAGCCACUUCCUUUGGACUCAUGAACUUGACUGGUUUAUCCAUGGAGUACGGCGAUGACAGUCUCCAUUUGACUUUUCGGGCACCGCUGCGGAAAUCAUUCAACGUAUUCCUGGCUUCCGUUCAUUCGGUUGAAGUCGCCUGUUGGAUCCGCCAACACACCGAGUUCCUGCGCCCGCUUUGGACAAGGCAACCGUAUGACUUUGUCGUUCCACGCGAGCUACAAAACGCUGAGAAUUUUCUGCCCGUGGCAUUGGAUGAGGACUAUGGCUGCUUCGAUCGAACGCUAGUUGCCUAUUCCGCUAGUUACGAUAUCGACACUUCCAAUAUCCGGUAUACUAUCGACUUGGAUUGCGAGGAGGCUCCGUGCUUCCGACUUCUCCGGCCUUCUUCCCCGAAGAACCCGCGGUACAGUGCUCUUGAGUUGAUUGCGGUCAUGCGCGCCCUUCGGUACAAUGAGUGCUUCCAGUCAAUUUCAUUCCGCGGCAUCAAUCUGGAUGCCUUGCAAGGUCUCCGCGAUGUGCACGGUGUGGAUCCCGAUGUACAUCUCGACAGGGCAGGGGCCCUCGUGCACAUCCCGGGACAAGCAAAUUUGACUGUCUUGUCGCAAGAGGUGCGCGCAUUGGCUUUGAAGAGCAAGUGGUUGCGCCGACUGGACUUUUCCUAUUGCCUCACCCGAACACCCACUUUGGACAAGGGCAGCCGAGACCCGGGUUGCGGAAUUCCAGAAGCUAUUUUCCCAGUCUGUCGUCGGGAAUUGACGAGCGUGGACUGGGUGGUACUGAACGGAAUCAAACUAGGCGAGUCCGAUCUUGACUACCUGGUGGAUGCCGCAUCUCAGAGACGUAGUCAUCUACGUGCGUUGGAAGUCGGGGACUGUGGUCUGUCUGUGCAUGACCUCGAUCUCAUUUUAUCUACCAUUGUUGCUCAAGAGUCAUCUCUCGAAGCAAUCAAUAUCUCCGGUGUGCAGGGUCGCUUGAAUCCAGACGUGCUCCAGCAGUACAUUGGAUACUUUGGCCAAAUCCGGAAGAUCAACCUGUCUCGCAUCUCGCGCACAUCUGGCUCCGAGCCGCUCAUUACGGCAGAAAUGUUGUUCAAUUGGAAACUCGAAGAGCUGAUUCUCAGCCGGACGGCCGUCAAUCGCGAGACUGUCGACUCAAUCGCCACCUACCUCGCCAGCAACCGCUCGUCGAACCUUCGCAUGCUUCGACUUGAUCAGUGUGGAUUGAGCGGCGAGGAUGUUGCCAUGCUUAUGCAUUCAAUGUCCGCUGGUCCGGACGCUCCACGCAGCCUUCAUUUGCAUGUCAAUGAGAACCGGCUUGACAAUGGCUGCUCGUUCCUCUUCGAUGCCAUUGCCAAGAAUACGACUCCCUCGCAUCUUUCUAUGCAGAUGAUUGAUUUCAAAAAGGAAGAGCACUUCCGGGAGCUGGUGGAUGCUCUUCGCAAGAACCGUACUCUGCGGUAUCUGGAUAUUUCCAAGGCCUCUCUUCCGUAUGACGCUGGGCCUGAGACAUGCCGGAUGUUGCAAUUGAUGUUCGAAGAGAAUAAAUCUCUGGAGGCUCUCGAUAUCAGUGGCGAGAGCGCACAUCUCGAUGUUGCGCGGUUUGGAAUCGGUCUUAACCUUGCGUUGACUGGCUUGAAGAAAAACACCUCUCUUAAAGUGCUAAGGAUUGAACACCAGAAGCUAGGUCUUCAGGGUGCGAAUACUUUGGCAUCUGUGUUAGAGGAGAAUGAGUCGCUGCGUGAAGUGCACUGCGAGAACAAUGAUAUCAACCUUCAAUCGUUCACUGUGCUCGUCAAUGGUCUUCAGUGCAACCGCACUCUUCUCAGCCUCUCCUGCAUGGACCGGGAUCGGGUGAUUUCGCUUGACAAGGUGCGCAGGGAAGUUGACAGCGUCCGCUGCGAUAACAACCCUGCCCAGAGCUCUGCAGCAAAUUCGAUUCGCCGUUCUCUACAUGUCGCGAUGGGAGUCCGGCCUAGUGCAACAAAUCACCGGCUGAGCAAGGCACCGCCGGCUAGUGUCACCGCAUCACCUGUGGACUCUUCUCCAUUUACUACUCAGAAUGUAGACUUGGUCGUGCAAUUACUGCAGCGCAGAUGGGACACCGAAGUAACACGUCUACGCCGGUACCUCCUACGCAACUACAACAUCGCUCACGGCAUUGAGGAUACCGAUGUCGACGAUGCAGCCAGUGACGGACGACCCGCAACCGCAGCAAGCCUGGGCACAAUGCUCGAGAACCUGAAAUUUGACGUCGCCGUAUCAGCAGAUGAGAUCCACGGAUCUCCACCCGACGAACGCGCACCAUCAAUCCAUCUCCGCUCAGACUCACAAGACAGCCAACCUGAGCUCAAAAUCCCACCCAAGAACCUGCGAAUGAAAAGCAUUCCCAACUUGCGACGGCCUCAAACCGCUCGCGCCGCCCAAAUCCUCCCCCCGGAGUACGGCUCAUCCGGCCUCUCAGCCGCCAACUUGCCUCUUCCCGUUCCUGCUGUGCCCGCUGCAGUCACCAAAGCGAACAGUGUCCGCAGUGCACGCAGCUCGAGCACGAACUCAACUGGUACUGGCAGCGCCCGCAGCGCUUACGGCACGGCCUCGUCUGCUCUGCGAGGUUUCCUUCGAGGCAACGCCUUGAAGGAACGCCCCGGGGUCGAUCCUAUACGUCCUGUCUGUGUGACGAAUACCAAAGCCCCGCAACUGGACUGGUCGCCGCCAAAGCUUGAUUUGCAGGAGUUUCAGUAG